CUGCUCGCGCGCGUUCCAGUGAUUAUAACCGAGAGAGAGGGCGCGCGGGUUUAGGGGCUCGUGGCUUGCUUUUGGCGCGCGGGGAGGAGGAAGAGGAGGAGGAGGAGUGGAGGAUAGGGCGCACGCGGGAGUGACGAAAGAGGAGGAGGACGAUUUUGGGAAGGAGUGCAGAUUUAAAAAGGAGGAGAGAAGAAGGAGAGAGAGAGAGAGGAAGAGGAGGAAGAGGAGGAAGAGGUCCGAGCUCUGAUUGGACGCCCGGAGAGCGGACAGUGAGCAGACGCUUCUGAUUGGCUGGCGCGGCGAGUUCCGCGCGGAGACGCUCGUUUGGCUUUAAUCUCUGAAAAUAAGUGCGCGGAGUUUCGGCCCCCCCGCGCGCCACCGAGGAGCCCCUCCGCGCGGGAUGCAGUGACAGCCAGCGCGCGCGCCGUGUGUCCGGACUGUAACAUGGCGGACGGCUUUCAGGAGCAGCUGCAGGGCCUCGAGGGGGUCAAAGUUCACCUGCACGAGCGCGAGCUGUGGCGGAAGUUCCAUGACGUCACCACGGAAAUGAUCAUCACGAAAGCGGGACGGCGGAUGUUCCCGAGCUACAAAGUGAAGGUAACAGGACUGAACCCCAAAGCCAAAUACAUCCUGCUGAUGGACGUAGUGGCCGCCGAUGACCACCGGUACAAGUUUGCGGAUAAUAAAUGGUCAGUCUGCGGUAAAGCCGAACCUGCUAUUCCUGGUCGACUUUACGUUCAUCCGGACUCUCCGGCUCCCGGAGCCCACUGGACCAGACAGCUCGUCUCCUUCCAGAAACUCAAACUCACCAACAACCACCUCGACCCCUUCGGCCAUAUCAUAUUGAACUCCAUGCAUAAAUACCAGCCGCGGCUGCAUGUAGUGAAAGCAGAUGAGAAGAACAGCUUUGGCUCCAGCAACACGGCCUUCUGCACUCAUUCAUUCCCCGAAACAGCCUUCAUCGCUGUCACUUCCUACCAGAACCACACCAUCACUCAGUUGAAGAUCGAGAACAAUCCAUUUGCUAAGGGUUUCCGUGGUAACGAAGACAUCGAGAUGCAUCGGAUGACCCGUCAGAGUAAGGAGUACCCUCUGGUUCCAUGUACCACGGUUCGCCCAAAAGUGACACCAUCACCCACUGAUUCUCUCGUGCCCUACACCGUACCAAACGCCUUCAGCCCUGACUACACCUGUUCAGAAGCCUCAGAAAAACACAAACUGUCGUCUGAAGACAACUCUUUUGCGGAGACCCCGCCCCCACACGACCCUUCUUACCCCCUGCUGACUUACCAGGCGUCUUCUGAUCUCGGGCUGGGUGGCGGCGCCCCCUAUUGCGCAGAUUCAGCCCAGCAUCAGCAGUGUAUGUACACCAGCUCGCAGUCGGGGGGCCUGGACGAACUCGUGUGGGAAUCUUACACCGAAUGCCCUCCCUACUUGACCUUUUCCUCCUCUCGGGAAAUGGGCGGGGCAUUUGGCCACACCCCCGACCCCUCCCAGGACAUCUGUCCACAAUACACCUGUGAGGUGGGCGUCCAGUCGCAUUGCCCUAUGACUGAUUACGCUCUGUAUGCAUGCGGCCACCCUGUGGGUCAGAAUCAAUGCGGUGGGGUGGGCUGGUGUGGGGGGAGCUGAGUGUGUGUGUGUGUGUGUGUGUGUGUGUUUGUAUUGUGCGUUUUCCAUUUUCUGACAUAACUGUGGUGCAGUUGUAAAAAACCUUUAUAUUUUUCCUAGAGACUGUCAGGUUAAAAGGGAAACUCCACCAAUUUCUCAAAAUUUUUGCUGUUUUAGAGAAACUUAGAGUCAGAAUUGUUCAC